AAGUCUUCUCUUCUCUCAACUGAUCCCUAGUUCCUGUGGCUCUCUAGCCUGCAUUAUUGCCUCCCUCUCAGCCACCCUGGCCUCAUGUCCAGCUCUGGGCAGCCACGGGCACUGGUACCAUAACCUGAGCCACAGGUGGUGGCUGUGGUGAAGCCAUGUCAGGUGAGUGGAGUGGGGGAAACACUUUCUGACUGCUUCCCUGAGGCUCUGAACCUCCAUGAGGGCUGGUCUGUGUGACUGUGAUGAGUCUGCACCCAGGAUGACACUGAGCAAGAUUACAGGGGCUACUACUGUCCUUGUGCAUGAGCUCCCAAGGUGCCUCCUUCCAGAGCCAGUGGACAGCCCCUCAUUAGGGCGUUCACCUCCUUCACAUCUAAGCACCAUCACGCUGGAGGACCUGGAGCUUCUCUUAACAGAAGGCCUAGCCAGUCCUGAGCCCCUGAGUGUGGAGGCCUCCGAGAGGUAUGAGUGCAACAGCCUGGUGUCCAGCUCCUUGGUCCCUGAACAUGAUAACCCUAAGCGGUGGAAACAGCUGGAGCAGUGGGUAACUGAGCUGCAAACUGAGGUGGUUCGCCUGAGGGCACACAAGGACCGCUGUGAGCAUGCCACAUUGGGUCUGCUUCGUGAGCUGCUGCAGGUUCGUGCCCGCAUGCAGCUACAGGCCUCAGAGCUGCGCCAACUGAGGCAAGAAGUGCAGCAGGCAGCUCAGAGCCCAGAGAAGGAUGCACUAGAAGGGAGAUACUCGUUAUCUGGGCCCCAGAGCCAGAGCCAGAGCCAGAUGCAAGCCUUGGAUAAAAGGCUGGUGGAGGUCCGAGAGGCUUUGACACAGAUCAGGAGGACACAAGCACUACAGGACUCAGAGCGGAAGCAGUCCGAGCAGGAGAUGAACCUCAGGCUGACCAAGCUGACUGGCUUGCUGAGGCAAGAGGAACAGGGCCGGGAAGCAGCCUGCAGCGCCUUGCAGAGCAACCAAGAGGACAUCAGCCAAAAGGUGGACCUUGGAUUGGCCAAGAAUCAGGCCCAGAUGACUAAACUCAGUGAGGAGAUGAGCCUUCGCUUCCUAAAGAGAGAGGCCAAGCUUUGCGGUUUUCUGCAGAAGAGUUUCCUGGCCUUGGAGCAGAGAAUGAAAUCCUCAGAGAGUACACGGCUGAUGGCAGAAAGCAGCCUGCGGGAGGAACUGGAAAGCCGCUGGCAGAAGCUACAUGAGCUGACAGAAGAGCGCUUGCGGGCCCUGCGGGCACAGCGUGAGGAGGAGGAGGGUCACCUGCUGGAGCAGUACCGGGGCCUGGACAAAGCUGUGGUCUAUCUGACCAAGUUUGUGCGACAGAACCAGGUGUCACUGAAUCGUGUCCUGAUGGCUGAGCAGAAGGCUCGGGAAGCCAAGGUAAGCUUGGAAGAGACCCAGGCUGAGGAGCUGGCUUCAUAUGUCCAUGAGAAUCUGGAGGCUGUGCAAAUGGCUGGCAAGCUAGCCCAGCAGGAAACACAGGGUGUGCUGGAGCUGCUCCAAGAGAAGAGCCAGGUCCUAGAGGGGUCAGUGGCAGGGCUGGGCCAGCAGCUGAAGGACCUGAGUGACCACUGUCUAGCUCUGAGCUGGAGGCUAGAUCUGCAGGAACAAACACUAGGCCUGAAGAUGUCCCAGGCGCAGACUGCAUGGGAAGGUGUGGAGAGGGAGUCGCUGCAGGAUCUGACCCAGCAACUGAAAGAGAUCUCAGCUCACUUACAUGAGGUUCAGGAGAAAGUGAACAACUUCCCCCAGCAGAUAGAAAGUGUCUCCACCAAGUGUGUCCUUUACAAGAGUGAUGUGGAUGUGAAGAUUUCUGCUGAGGGAAAGGCCAGGGAGCUUGAGAUGGAGGCUGCACGACAGGAGCUAGCCACCCUGCUGAUGUCUGUACAGCUUCUAAAGGAGGAGAGCCCUGGACGGAAGAUUGCUGAGAUCCAGGGCCAGCUGGACACGUUUCAGAAACAAAUGAUUAAGUUGGAGAACAGUGUUCAGGCCAACAAAACCAUCCAGAACUUGAAGUUUAAUAACGAGACCAAGCUGCGCGCAGAGGAGAUUGCAACCCUUCGGGAGAGCAUGCUGCACCUAUGGAGUGAGGAGGGCCCCUGGCCGCUGACAGUGGGCAGCAAGCGGGUAUUCAUGUCCCUGGUGAGACAGCGGUUCUUCAUCAAGGACGUAGCCCUGGACAAACUGGUCCCUGUGAACUCAUGGGGAGUGUACCAGGCUGUGAGGUGGCUUCAGUGGAAGACAGUCCUCUUGAACUUGUUGGCCCAGCAAAAGCCAGGAGCCAUCUCAGCCAUGACCCACUGGAAGCCUGCACUCAAGACCGUGUCUCUGACUCUGUCCCAGAAAUAAACAUGCCAGUUCUUGUACCUAUUGGAGCCAGAGUCUCCUGUUUUUUGGUGGAAUGAAUGGCUUGUCCACAGCUCAUAGGCCUGAUAAGGGUGUCAAGCUGUGAGAGGCACCAAACUCAGAAGACCCAAGUUACUUGACCCUGAAGGACCCUUCCUGUCCUGCCUGGUCCAAGGCCAGCUAUCACUUUCCCUGGGGGUUCUGUGCAGAGGCACCUGGGCCUCACCUCUCAGGACAUCCCAGCUUCCUGUGAGGACAGAUGUAAAGAGUGAGGA